GCGCAAAAUAAAUAGUUCGGUACACAGACCCCAGACAAAAAGUUCGCAUGCUGGGCUGGACAGAACACCACAACGAGUAUCUAGAUAGCUAACGUUACGAGGAUUGGGCGUAGUCCAAAGACACCUAAAUUGGGCUUCAUCACAUUUUGAGGAGAAGGUGUCUACAACCUAACACGUUUUGAUAGCCAAACGGCGAGAUAAAUUGCUCAUAAUGGCCUCGGAAGAGCUUUAUGAGGUUGAGAAAAUUGUGGACAAACGGAAGAACAAGAAGGGAAAGAUGGAGUACCUGGUCCGCUGGAGGGGGUACGGAUACGAGGGGGACACCUGGGAACCCGAGUCGCACCUCUCCGCCUGCAUGGAGUUUAUUCACCAUUUUAAUCAGUCACACGGCGAAAGACAGAGAGACGGCAGUUUACUGCGCUCCACUCAAAGCUCUCCCAGCAUGGCCCACAGCCACAGUUCGAGCAACAACGCCCGCAAACAGAUCUGCAGGCCUCAGCCACUCUGCGGCAAUAGUGGGGCAGGAAGCCACGCUCUAGUGAAAUCCGCCUCUUCGCUCACCACAGCAGCUACGGCCGUCUCCAAACGGCCGCAGCCACCACUUGACUCUAGCCUGGCAAAUUCCAAAACGGACACACAGCAGCUUAUCUUGAGCCAAAAGUACAGUGAUUUCACUACCUGUGCCAUUUCUAGUCCAAGCUUUACAAGUGGGCCCGCUGCUUCUCCAGUGGGCACGGCACGUCGGAGUAUGGACCUGGCCAAGUCCGGGAUCAAAAUCCUGGUUCCCAAAAGCCCCAUGAGCAGCUGGGUGGACUCUGAAGAGUCGCCCAGCGAGGCGGCCCACAGUCUGGAACAGGGGGGUCAGGAGCAGGACUCUGUGCCCCCAGAGGUGGCCCUGUUGGAAAAGCCUCUGGGGUUGCUGCUGGGGCCCGGGGAAGAAAGGGCACGCAUGGGGACUCGGCCCAGGACUCAAAGCCAAGUCCCAUUGGUCCCUCAGCAAGUCCCCGUAACACCAGCAUCCAUACGCACCCUCAAUGGGAAAGGUACAUCGACACUCAUGGAGGCUUUGGCAGCCAACGGGACGGCUAACCUGCAGAGUGCCGUGGCGCGAGUAACCGCCGUCUCCGGAGUGGCCGGGAAACGGCGCUUCGAAGAGCAGCGCUCGGUCUUCGACAAGCGCCUUCGGUUCAGCGUACGGCAGACGGAGAGUGCCUAUCGCUACAGGGACCUCGUCGUCAAGAAGCAGGACGGCUUCACCCACAUCCUGCUCUCAACCAAGACCUCGGAGAACAACUCGCUCAACCCCAACGUGAUGAAGGAGAUACAGAGUGCCAUGGCCACAGCGGCAUCAGACGACAGUAAGCUGGUCCUACUGAGCGCCGUAGGCAGCUUCUUUUGCUUCGGCCUGGACUUCAUCUACUUCAUCAGGCGGCUGACCGACGACCGUAAGAAAGAGAGCAUCAAGAUGGCCGAGACCAUUAGGACAUUCGUGAACACUUUCAUCCAAUUCAAGAAGCCUAUCAUCGUAGCCGUGAACGGACCGGCCGUGGGCCUCGGAGCCUCCAUCCUCCCGCUGUGUGACGUGGUCUGGGCCAACGAGAGAGCCUGGUUCCAGACGCCUUACACCACCUACGGACAGACACCCGACGCCUGCGCCUCCAUCACCUUCCCUCGCAUCAUGGGCGUGGCCUCGGCCAAUGAGAUGCUGCUGAGUGGGAGGAAGCUGACGGCCCAGGAGGCCUGUGCUAAAGGGCUUGUCUCCCAGGUGCUGUGGCCCGGGACUUUCACUCAGGAGGUGAUGGUUCGCAUUAGGGAGCUAGUCUCUUGUAAUUCAGUUGUCCUGCGGGAGUCCAAAGCACUGGUCCGAAACGCAAACCGGGCCGCCCUGGAGCAGGCCAACGAACGCGAGUGUGAGGCGCUGAAGAGAGUUUGGGGCUCCUCGCAGGGGAUGGACUCCAUCCUCCAAUACCUGCAGAAGAAGAUAGAUGAGUUUUAAGGAAAGCAUGUAUCCCCCAUGUUCCCAAGCCCCAUUCAGUGGCGGAACCAGACAAACAGCACUGGGAGUACAACAGGUUCAAUCUGCAAUCUGUGUGAUCUAUUGUAUGUGUGUGUGUGUGUGCCCAUUGAGAUGUUGCUGCUGGACCUUUAAAUCUUCCUAGCAUCCUGGUGACCAUGUGUUGACCCUUUACCCAAUAACCCCCGGCCUUUGACCCUUUAAGGUUGGUUCCCAACCCUGGUCCUCCAGUACCCCCAACAGUACACAUGUUUAUUGUAACCUUGGACAAGCACACUUGAUUCAACUUGUAAACGAAUCAUCAAGCCCUCAAUGAGUUGAAUGAGGUAUGUUUGUCAAGGGCUACAACAAAACUGUUUACUGUUGAAGGUACUGGAGUACCAGGGUUGGGCAACAAUGUUGGGGGGUACUGGAGAACCAGGGUUGGGCUGUUGAAGGUACUGGAGGACCAGGGUUGGGAAACACUGUUGGGGCUACUGGAGGACCGUUGAAGGUACUGGAGGACCAGAGUUGGGAAACACUGCUCUACCCAAUAGCCCUGGCCUGCGCAAAAUACCAUAACACAUUACAGGUCCAACUAAACAUGGCCUAGAUUGAAAGGGAUGGAGGGAUUGGAGGAGGUGAAGACAUUGAUGAAUACACAUAAAAGUGUCUUGCAUAGUGGGGUGUCUGUCCUACUCACCUCAGGAUUGAUUUGGGUGGGAUGUUGUAUCAACAUGGAUCAGAAUUUAUGACACAACAAAAGUGCACAUUGAAAACUUUGACAAACACCUAGGCAACUUUCCAUUGUGGAGCCUGCAAUAAGAUGUAACGCUCUGAACUCUUGGGAAAACAGCGCAGCCCAGUGGAUGGAAGGCUUAUUGGAUUCUCCAUAUUGACACCUGUAAAGCUUUCCAUUCAAAACAGGACUUAUUGCUAUUUGAACUGAAUAGAGGCCCCGGGAUUAAAUUAAAGGCGCGUUGUCGAGAAGUGUACUGCACUUGACUUUAAAGGGUCAUUUUAAGCGUGAGCCGUCAUCUGUAGCGUUCACCAUGAAUACCAUCUACGAACGUCAGGGAAAUUCCCUUUUAGAAGACUCAUUGUCAACAGUGCAGUGCUUUUUGAACAGCAAGCCUUUGAUUGAAUCCAGGACAGAGUCGGUCAUAUUAAUUUGUAACACAGCUCCUGACUGUAUUUUUACUUUUUGUCUGAUAUUUUCUGUAGAUGAUAUUUCACCCAGGUCAUCUUUUUAUUGUCGUCUUAUUUGGCUUGGGGGACUGUAUUUUCCACCAAACAGUUUCUAUGGUAAACAGAUUUUUUGUUUGUUUUAAGACUAUUACAAUAUAAUUUCAUUAAAUAUUCUGCAACUCCUGAAUUAUUCCAUCCAUGAAACAUACACGCAAGGGAGAGACAAUUACAAGAUUCUGAAUGCAGUUGUGACGAGGCUAGGGUACACGGUUCAAGGCUCAGUUGUGACGAGGCUAGGGUACACGGUUCAAGGCUCAGUUGUGACGAGGCUAGGGUCCACGGUUCAAGGCUCAGUAGUGACGAGGCUAGGGUACACGGUUCAAGGCUCAGUUGUGACGAGGCUAAGGUACACGGUUCAAGGCUCAGUUGUGACGAGGCUAGGGUACACGGUUCAAGGCUCAGUUGUGACGAGGCUAGGGUACACGGUUCAAGGCUCAGUUGUGACGAGGCUAAGGUACACGGUUCAAGGCUCAGUUGUGACGAGGCUAGGGUACAGGGUUCAAGGCUCAGUUGUGACGAGGCUAGGGUACACGGUUCAAGGCUCAGUUGUGACUAGGCUAGGGUACAGGGUUCAUGGCUCAGUUGUGACGAGGCUAGGGUACACGGUUCAAGGCUCAGUUGUGACGAGGCUAGGGUACACGGUUCAAGGCUCAGUUGUGACUAGGCUAGGGUACAGGGUUCAUGGCUCAGUUGUGACGAGGCUAGGGUACACGGUUCAAGGCUCAGUUGUGACGAGGCUAAGGUACACGGUUCAAGGCUCAGUUGUGACGAGGCUAGGGUACCCGGUUCAAGGCUCAGUAGUGACGAGGCUAAGGUACACGGUUCAAGGCUCAGUUGUGACGAGGCUAGGGUACCCGGUUCAAGGCUCAGUAGUGACGAGGCUAGCGUACACGGUUCAAGGCUCAGCUGUGACGAGGUACACGGUUCAAGGCUCAGUUGUGACGAGGUACACGGUUCAAGGCUCUAGCUAAAAGCAAGUGCCUUGUUCUUUCCUCCAUUUUCUAAUGACAAAAUGUGUGUUCUGAUCUGAAGAGCGAUUAUCAGUGAGAAUAGCCUUUAAUCUCACCACUCAGUACCAUGGAUAUAGGACGUUUGCAGCUUCAGCAUAUCUCACCCUGUUUUUUUCGUUGUUGCAUUGAGCAAAGGUUGCUUCUAAACUGCUGUGGAGGCAUCCUAUUUACAUUAGUCAAAGCCCCUGAAAAAAAAAAAAGAUGUACAGCUUUUGAAUUUGUAAAACAAAAACGUUAUUCGCCUACAGUUUUUUUUUUUUUUUUGUAUAUAUGAAUUCUGACUUGACCGAUGUUUUGUGGCCUCACCAAUCAUUUGGCCAUAUUCCUUGUUUCACUGGAUUUAUAGAAGUAGCAGAGCACGGGGUAACAGAUGAUAGCGCCCAAUACCUGGACAUCUGCUGUUACCUUUGCCUAUUUCCAUAAAGAAUUAUGGAAAAUGUCAUUAUUUAUAUUGUCUAUGAGUAUUUAAAUAUUUAAAGUUGAGAUGGUUUGGACAAAAGUAGUGUCUGUUUUGAGUCAUUGCUCAUGGUUUGUUUAACAGUUGAUUUUAUUUUAUUGAAAUGUGAAGUAUCUUCUCGGGGCAGUCUACUCGUGGACAUAGUAUGAUUUUACUUUCGGCUCUAGUCUAUUUUCGCGAUCUUCGUCAGAAUUCAGUUUUGGCCUUCGCGCAUAGAUUGUUAAUGCCGCAACUGCACCAGUCAAAUUGUUUUCUUAGCAUAUUUUUUCUUCUUCUAGAAGGGUUAGAAGUCAGUAUUUCGGUUGAGAUUUUCUGUAAGCAAAGGCAAAGAGGUAUUGCGUAACAAUAACGCAAUGCUCUUUGUAAAACAUGUCCUUUUGCUUAGUAUCCCCAAAUUGUGCCUGAGAAGCAUGUCAUACCUCGAGUGCUCCAGAGUAGCGCAGCGGGCCUAAGGCACUGCGUCUCAGUGCUAGAGGCGUCACUACAGACCCUGGUUUGAUUCCAGGCUGUAUCACAACCGGCCGUGAUUGGGAGUCCCAUAGGGCGGCGCACAAUUGGCCCCAGCGUCGUCCGGGUUUGGCUGGGUUAGGCUGUCAUUGUAAAUAAGAAUUUGUUCUUAACUGACUUGCCUAGUUAAAUAAAGAUGUUUUUUUUUUAAACAUACUUCAUGUUUCACUGAAUGCUGAUUUAGAAAUAUUAGCAAGCAUCUUCAACACUUGGACCAUAGCUUAGUUAAUGUAAUGUCCUCAACACGUUUUUCUCAUUGAAGAAAUUUACUGUAUUUAAAAAAUAUAUAAUUUGUCUUGUUAACACAUCAUGAUAAUGAAGCUUGUCUAGUGCACACAGAAUUGACUCAUUCUGUUGAAAGAUUCCAAGAAGCGAUGUUGAAAUUGACCGCACUUUGGUACAGCAGUGAAAUAAUUUUAAAGUCUGAAAUCGCAUAACCCUUCUGAAGAACUGUGUGAACUGCCUUGACUCAAAUCCUGGUACAGCAUUUUUGCAUACAUGUGACCUAUUUUGUAGUUGUACUUAUAUAAAUAUACAUGCUGUACAAUCUGAAAGUGUUUUUUUAUAUAUAUAUAUAUAGAUUACUGAAAUAUAUACUCGCUGUGAAAAUAAACGGUGUGAACCUGUUAAAGUAA